UCAGAAGUUCGUGCGACAGGUACGAGUUCGAUGAAGUCCGUCGUACUGUGAAGCUGCUCCUCACACCGCAGCAUUAGAAGCGACACAUUUAUAAAAUAUUUUAACUGUAGUUUGCUUACAGUUAGUGUCUUUAUUGUCAAAGCCGGGGUUUAUGUUGUUCCCACAGAGUGCGUGGUACACUUGCGACGCUGUUUAGAGUGAAGCUGCAGUGGGGGCGCUAGCUUAAAGAGAGACGCACGUGCUGACUUUACUUCACUUCCACUCGCUUCACUUCACGUUUCGAGUCCGCACUGUGACGGUCUUCACAGGAAGGAGUGUUGAAACGGAUGUGUGACAAUGAGCCGCGUUGAGCAGUGGCUGCUCUCACUCCUCCGCCUUUAACUUGACAUUUUAGGGACACACACCAUUCUGUGUUGGACUGUUCGGUGCUGCUGCCGCACCGCAGGAGUGAAGGUAAACUUAACACGACUCAGUGGAUAGGAUUCGAGGCUGUGUGGCGAGGAAACAUGGGGACGCAGGGCACAGGACGUAAACGGUCCACGAAGAAGGAUAAGUCGACGGCGGAGGACGAUGCCCUGAAUCUCAUAGCGAGAGAGGCUGAGGCCAGGCUGGCAGCGAAGAGGGCAGCCCGGGCAGAGGCCAGAGAGAUCCGUAUGAAGGAGCUGGAGAGGCAACAAAAAGAGAUCUUUCAGGUGCAGAAGAAAUAUUAUGGCCUGAAUACCAAAUUAGAUGACCGUGUGGACAACAGAUGGGGAGAUAUUGAACAAUGGAUGGAGGAUAGUGAGAGAUACUCACGUUCUUCACAGAUACACAUGCUCUCAGACGACGAUGAGCGGAUGUCAGUGGGAAGCCGUGGAAGUGUCAGGUCGGAUCUUGAUGCAGUCGGUGCUUAUGGUGGAGGGGGUGCCUCUCAUAAGAAGUCAAAGAAAAAGAAGAAACAUAAGCACAAAGACAAAGAUAGGAAUGGCUAUGAUGAUAACUACAGUGUCAUAUCCAGCAGGAGCUCCAGACUCAGUGAUGAAAGCAGAGUGUCUCGCUCGUCCAGGCUAGACCUAACGAGCUCCUUACUGACUGAUGACAGCCGAGCAUCUCGUGCCUCCAGAUCAGACCUGCAGCCGACCUCUUUUACUUCCUCUGACUUGUACAAUGGUCUGUCCACCUCCAGAAACCAUGGUUCCACUUACAAUGGUUAUCAGAACUAUGAAGACAGUCUGUGCAGUGGAUCACGGCGACUCACUGGCUCCAGCUCCCAUCCUUUAGAGUACACUAGUUAUCGCAGUUCCGGCUCCAGAGCCUCUAGCAGGGCCAGUUCAGCCCGCGCCAGUCCAGUGGACAACUGCAGCUCUGUUGCCAGUUUUUUGAGGAGUACAGCCAGUAGCAGUGGCCUCACACGGGACCUGGACGAUGUCACUAUACCUGACUUUCCAGAUGUGGAGGACAGAGAUUAUCUCGAGAAGGGAUCCCGAACAGCAUCUUCCUUAACUGCAGCAACGCUCACCUCUUUAGGUGGGACAUCCUCGCGGAGAGGAAGUGGAGAGACGGCUUUAGCUGUAGACGCUGAGACCUCCAUACGAGAAAUAAAGGAGAUUCAUGAACUGAAGGAUCAGAUUCAAGAUGUGGAGACCAAGUACACACAAAACCUAAAAGAAGCCAAGGAUAGAUUGACAGAAAUGGAGGAGAAGUAUCGUAAAGCCAUGGUGUCCAACGCCCAGCUGGACAACGAGAAAAACAACCUGAUGUACCAGGUGGACACGCUCAAGGACUCACUCAUGGAACUGGAGGAGCUGCUCUCUGAGUCCCGCAGACAAUACGAGGAGAAGGUCAAGGAAUUCGAUAGAGAGAAACACACUCACGGUGUCCUUCAGUUCCAGUUCAAUGAAAUGAAAGAGACACUAAAACAAAGUGAAGAGCUGCUAAAUGAGAUCCAUCAGCUCCGUAUGAAACAGGAGGGUUUUGUUAGAGAAAUAUCUGACCUGCAGGAGACGGUGGAGUGGAAGGAUAAAAAAAUUGGGGCCUUAGAGCGGCAGAAAGAAUACUCGGAUGCAAUCCGAACUGAGCGAGAUGAGCUCAGAGAGGAGGUGGUGACGCUCAAAGACAUUCUGAAGAAACAUGGAAUAGUGUUGGGACCUGAUCUGAACAUCAAUGGGGACAAUGGUGAAGCAGAAGUUGAUGGUCCCCCAAGUGGAGACUCUGCCUGUCAGCCAGCUCAGGAUUCACAGAUUUCCCCCACAGAGGGAAACAGCGUGCUCGGCAACACAGAGGAGACUCUGUUGAGGAGUUGUGGAGAUGAAGAGGUGGAUCCAGAGCAGCAUCAAGAAAUUCAGAAAGAGGGAGCUAAAGAGAAUCAGUCAAACUCUGAUACACUUUUUAAUGUUGAUGUGUCCACAAUGGAAGCAUCCAGAGAAGAAAAGCCUACAGAAGAACAGACCCGCUCACCUACAGUAGAAGACAGUAGUGACGAAAGUGGCCACAACAAGGACUUAAACAAUGAUCAUCCAAUCACAGAGGCCAAAAGUAAAGUCAUAUACAUACCUGAAAUUAAAGACAUUGUUAAAAGUGCUGAGGAAAAUAUUGUAGACGGAGAAACACCAGAAGGUGGGAAAUUAGAGACAAGGAAGCCAGAUUUAGUGGAGACAGAAACUAAAAGCAGUGGUGUUGACACAAAUGAUGAUAAUUUUGGACAGACAUGUAAUGAGCAAGAAGACAAACCGGAAGAUGCUAACGAAAGUACUAUGACAAAUACAGAAUCAUGUCCAAGGCAAACUGUUGUCAAGGACAGCUUGAUGGACAGUUUACUUCAUGAGACAAUCUCUGCUGAAUCAAACACGGCACCUCAUGAGUCUGAGAAUGCUGAGGAGGCAGAGGACGACGAGGCGGAUGUACCCAGUAAAUCUCAGGGUGCCACUGCAGCAGGGAAAAAGAAGAAAAGGAAAAGAAGAGGCAAAAAGAAAGUGAACAUUCAAAGGGAUGGAACAGAUAAAGAAAUUGACAAAACACAAGUUCUUAAAUCAGCUGAAGGCGAUAAUGGGUCAACACCUGAUCCUAACGCUGAUUCUGUCAUGGAAAAUGUAAAGGAAUCAAAAAUUGAGCAAGUUGAGAAUGAGCAGGAUGAACAAAAAACUGAUGAAGUAGGUGCAGCGAAAGCAGUGGAAUCCAAUGAAACCUUGUGUCUCACAGACUCUUUCAAAGAUCUAAGAAAGGACCAUGUUACAAGAGGGCAUGAUGAAGAUCAAACUGAGGCAGUCAAAGAAAUAAUAGUGGCACAGUGUGACAUGGUUUCUUGCAUGGAAACUCACAAGGAAUUAAUAACCGAACCAACAAAGGAUGAACAAGAUGAAGAACAAUCCUUGGAAACGUAUAAAACAGGAAAAGUGGAAUGUAUAACAACUCCUCCAGAGGCUCCUGUCAGUACAUCUGACCGUACUAACACCUCCAACAGAACAGAGAGAACUGGUGUUCUUGACGAAAAGUGUACUGACAGUGUAGAUAAUGCUGUAAUGGUUUCUAAUAGUGAUUCAGAAAGUAUUGAUCUUGCAGAAAAUACAGCUUCAUCAGUUGAUGGGAUUAUACCUGAAUCCACAGCUAAUGAACAAGAAUACAGCCCCGAAAAUAAGGGUAAGGAAACCCCUGGAGCUGAAUCACAUGGUCCAGGCAACAGUGAUGUUGCUGCUGACCUAUCAGAAUCCACAAAUGAUCCUGAGAGACAACACUUCCCACCAGUCUUGCCACCAAAUGCUGAUGACUUAACUGACCAUCUGGAAGUUGGGCCUCUUUCUGAGCCACUAUCAGAUCCAAAAACACUUAGUGAUGAUACUCCCAUCUUGGUUCUUGACAAAGAUCCUGAGGAGGCAACUGAGACCAUUAAAAAUGAAGAGCAGUAUGGAAUAGAGAGUGAACAAGAAGACUUUUCUUCCACUGUCGAUUCUGUGAGUCAUAAUAGUGAUAAUUCAGAGCUCAAACCAGAUGAGACACAGAAGGAGGAGCUGAACAGAGACUUGAGGGAACCUGAAGAUGCUGCAGUGUCAGACAGUUCCUUUCAUGAUGAGAAAGGUGUCAGUUGUGAUAGUGCGUCAUUAACUAAGAACCCUGAUGCAUUUGACACCGAAAAGUGUCUGUUGAAGACUGAAGGUCAGAAUGAAAAUGCAGUUGCUGUAGACAGCCAGAUAUUGGAUGGUAAGGAACAGGCAGCUGAUAACCCUGAUGCAUUUGACACUGAAAACAGUCUGUUGCAGACUGAAGGUCAGGAUGUAAGUGUAGAUGCUGGAGACAGCCAGAUAUUAGAGGGUGAGGAACAGGGAGCUGAGAACCCUGAUGUAUUUGACACUGAGAAAAGUCUGUUGCAGACUGAAGGUCAGGAUGUAAGUGUAGAUGCUGGAGACAGCCAGAUAUUAGAGGGUGAAGAACAGGGAGCUAAGAACCCUGAUGUAUUUGACACUGAGAAAAGUCUGUUGCAGACUGAAGGUCAGGAUGUAAGUGUAGAUGCUGGAGACAGCCAGAUAUUAGAGGGUGAAGAACAGGGAGCUGAUAACCCUGAUGUAUUUGACACUGAGAAAAGUCUGUCGCAGACUGAAGGUCAGAAUGAAAAUGCAGUUGCUGUAGACAGCCAGAUAUUGGAUGGUAAGGAACAGGCAGCUGAUAACCCUGAUGCAUUUGACACUGAAAAUAGUCUGUUGAAGAUUGAAAGUCAGGAUGUAAGUGUAGAUGCUGGAGACGGCCAGAUAUUAGAGGGUGAAGAACAGGAAGCUGAUAACCCUGAUGUAUUUGACACUGAGAAAAGUCUGUUGCAGACUGAAGGUCAGAAUGAAAAUGCAGUUGCUGUAGACAGCCAGAUAUUGGAUGGUAAGGAACAGGCAGCUGAUAACCCUGAUGCAUUUGACACUGAAAAGAGUCUGUUGAAGAUUGAAGGUCAGGAUGUAAGUGUAGAUGCUGGAGACAGCCAGAUAUUAGAGGGUGAAGAACAGGCAGCUGAUAACCCUGAUGCAUUUGACACUGAAAAGAGUCUGUUGAAGAUUGAAGGUCAGGAUGUAAGUGUAGAUGCUGGAGACAGCCAGAUAUUAGAGGGUGAAGAACAGGGAGCUAAGAACCCUGAUGUAUUUGACACUGAGAAAAGUCUGUUGCAGACUGAAGGUCAGGAUGUAAGUGUAGAUGCUGGAGAGAGUCAGAUAUUAGAGGGUGAAGAACAGGUAGCUAAGAAUCCUGACACAUUUGACACUGAAAAGAGUCUGUUGGAGGCUGAAGGGCAGAAUGUAAGUGUGGAAGCUGGCGACAACCAGAUAUUAGAGGGUGAGGAACAGGGAGCUGAGAACCCUGCCGCAUUUGACAAUGAAAAGAGUCCGUUGAAGACUGAGGGUCAGGAUGAAAAAAAUGGCCAGGUAUCAGAGGGUGACGAAAAGGCAGAUGAAUCAAAUUCUGUUUCUGCUGUGGAAACAGAUGAGAUCAAUAGCACUGAUGUGUUGAGUACACCUGACACUCCGGAAGAAGCUGCAGAGCUUGGUUCCUGUUUGGAGCAAAACCCCAGCACUGGAGACAAAGGUGUUGCAGAAGAUCCUAAUUAUAAAAUGGGUCCAAACGAUCAGGAAAGUGAGACAGGUCUUUGUCCUGUGACUGAGCAACUGCAUGAAUUCAGCAAAGAUGAAUGCAAGGAUGACUCAUCUCAACCGAUCCAGCAGGGCAACGAGGAUGAAGAUGAGGAAGGGCAAUCUUUUGAUUUCGAUGACAUCGAUAUUGAGGCAGCUGUAGAAAAAAGUAUCUCUGAAAACCAAGAAGAGGACAUGGUUGAGGAGGGAGUCGAAGCAAUGUCAGAUGGAAGCAGUAAUGGUUGUCCAGAGCUGUGUCAAAGCAAAAGUAAAACAAAUGAAAGUACAAAAAGUGAAGAAACUGGAGGCAAUAAUGAGAAGUCUAAGGUAGAUGAGUGUAACCAGGUAUAUUCACUAAAUACAGAGUCUGAUACAACUCCUCAGGACACCCAGAACUCUUUGACUCAUGAGGGAGCCACUUCAGAUGGGGACAGGCACAUGAUUAAAGAAGAAACUGUUUUAAAUGUUGGAAAGUUGGAUAUUGUUGAGAACAUUAACCAGGCAACAUCUUUACCAGUAGAGGAAGGGGUAGAUGCAAUUAAGCAUGAAAUGCAGGGUGAUGAUGUGGUUUUACCAAAGAGUGCAGACCAAGUGGUCAGUAAGAAAGAUCCACAGCAUUCUGGAAAAGACAUGAAGAAGAAUAGCAAGAAAGGCAAAGGCAAAAGCAAAGAGGACUGUAAGAUGUCCUAGUUAAGAAAUUGUAUAUACUAAUGGUAUAGAUCAUUAUGAUGCUCCUUUACUAGUCUUUGCAUUGCUGGUAAAAAAAUAAAUAUCUAAAAAUCAAUCAUUCCCAAGUGAUAAUUGGUGUAAGUUUGUGUAUUUAAAAAAAAUCUAAUUGAAAAUUCAAGUUGUAUGUGGAAAAAAAAAAAAAAUAGUGAAAUGAUAGAGAUGUAAAUGGCAAAGCUAUGGUAGAUUCUAAAAGUGGACAUUCCUGUAAUAUGUGCUGAAUAUUGAUACACAUUUAAAAUACUGCUUGUGUUGUAUCGUGGAUGAAACUGCAAUAGUUUCACAGACCAUUUGUUCUGCUUCAUGUAAUCCUUAUCUCCUCAAUGUAUCUAUCACACAGGUGUACAAUCCAAUCAUAUUAGCUGAAUGAAAGGAGCUAUAUGUUACCUAAUGUUUGCAUUAACUGCAGAUAAAGUGACAGCUCAGGUUGUUGUAAUUGUGAUUGUAUUACAUAGUGACUGUGGUCUGUGCACCCCCUGCACGCCAGGAGAAACAGAUUUUAGGCACUUAUCAAUACCUUAUAAAAUCCUCACCAUCAUAAAUGAAGAUUAUGUUUAAUGCCUAAUUUAGUGAUUAAACUGAUACUUUGUGCCACUUUGUAAACCGCUUUUCACUCACACCAAAGUCCAUAAAGAAGACCAGCUGAGGGGGCGUGGCUGCCUGUCUCACACAGGUUCUGGACCCAGAGGGUGCACACAGUGCAGUCAUCUGUAUGUAAUUCUGUCAAUAUAAAUUGCUGCAAGUUCAGCAUCAAAUGCAUUCUGUUUUCAGUGGUGGAAUGAUUACUUCUGUUUAAGUUAGCAUGCUAACUAGCGGGACGAUAUCUUCCCUCGCUCAGUUACAAUCACCAUCACCUGCAAGACACUGUGUUCUCUGGCAGAGAAAAUUGCAUAUAGCAGUUUCAGGGUUGUAGCAAACUGGAUUUUUCUUGUUCUAGCCGUGAUGUAAUGAAGGUUAAAAUGAAAAUACAAUGGUAAUCACGGCCUGUUUUAAUUAAAUAAAGUAAUUCCUGAAGCUCUGAAUUCUAAGGCAUGUUGAUGUAUAUUGAUUAAUGUGUAACACUGCACUCUCACGUACUCUGUGGAAGUUUCACUUUGAAACACUUGGAUCCACUGCAUUGUCCACCUGUUGUUAAGCUUUGUUUGAGCUGCAUGCACUGGAAGUUGAGAAAUGUUCAACUGUCCCAAUGGCAGCAGCACUAACAGCAACCAAUCAAAUCAAGUUAUGCAAAUAUUAUUAUGUUUCUGCUCAAACAGUAUACCGUCCAAAAUGAGCUACUGGACAUGGCCUUUCUCCCCAUUUCCAAUGCUUUUGACAGACAGUGUACUCAACAGUGCUGGAUAUCACAUUGCCAUUAUUUAAGCAGCAAUAACAUUAUUUUACGAAUUUGGCCAUGACAGACACCUCCAGUACCAGACAUCAAAAACCUCCACUGUUAAGCAUCAAAGUGAUGCAUACUUGGGAGUGCUCUGUAAUAAAUGCAUGUUUUCAUUUUGUGGCACUUAAUGGAGAAGAUGAAUGUUGUGCCUGAACAAUCAAAUGCAAAUAAAUAUCCUGCUGAUACAA